CUUCCCUAGCCAUCUGCACCCAGUCCCGCCCAACCCCACCAACAACCACUUCACCCACACCCACCAUCACAAUGGCGAACGAGCGCGAGAGCAAGACUUUCCUCGCCCGGCUUUGCGAACAAGCUGAGCGCUACGAUGAGAUGGUCAAGUACAUGAAGGAAGUUGCCAAGAUCGGCGGCGAAUUGACUGUUGACGAGCGCAACCUGCUGUCGGUCGCCUACAAGAACGUCGUCGGCACGCGACGUGCCUCGUGGCGCAUCAUCUCCUCGAUUGAGCAGAAGGAGGAGUCCAAGGGCACCGACAAGCACGUCGGAACCAUCCGCGAGUACCGCCAGAAGAUCGAGCUCGAGCUUGAGCAGGUCUGCCAGGAUGUUCUCAACGUCCUCGACGACUCUCUCAUCCCCAAGGCCGAGUCUGGCGAGUCCAAGGUCUUCUACCACAAGAUGAAGGGUGACUACCACCGUUACCUUGCCGAAUUUGCCUCUGGGGAGAAGCGCAAGGUUGCCGCAACGGCCGCACACGAGGCCUACAAGACGGCGACCGACGUCGCUCAAACUGAGCUUACCCCCACCCACCCCAUCCGUCUCGGUCUGGCACUGAACUUCUCGGUCUUCUACUACGAGAUCCUGAACUCGCCCGACCGUGCCUGCCACCUUGCCAAGCAAGCGUUCGACGACGCAAUUGCUGAGCUCGAUUCCCUAUCCGAGGAGUCUUACCGGGACAGCACCCUCAUCAUGCAGCUCCUCCGUGACAACCUCACUCUCUGGACGUCAUCGGACGGCAACGAGGCUGAGCCCGCCGCCGACGCUGCUCCCAAGGAGGAGGAGGCUGCCAAGGAGGCACCAGCUGAGCUCAAGACCGAGGAGCAGCAACCGGCUCCCGCCGCCGCCUAAAUGCACUCUUUCUCUCGACCUUGUGCACCAUCAGCCGCUGUCUUCUUUUCUCGGAUCGACGACAGAAGCAGCCAUAGCACCGAGCGUUCUACGGAGUUAUAUGUGUCCUGUUAUUUCGAAAAUUGGCUUUAGCAGCGAGCGGGUCGGAUGGUGAAAUUCCCCAAUGACUGAUGUGUUUCCUUUGCUCUCUUGCACUACCCGCACCGCCCUCGCCAAGUCUGUUGUGGUCGUCUCCCACGCGAUCGCUGACGUUUACCAUCUUCCACAUGAAUGUCGUCGACUGCUGCGGACAUGGUGGAGGAACGGUGUGUGGCUCCUCGAAUGCGAUCCCCAAUUCCCCUGUUUUCCCUUUUGGCAGCGUAUGAACCUACCCCUAUGGAGGACCGAGAAGCGUGGGCUCUUCAGGCUGUGUCUUUUGAGUCAGGACAACUACUUUGCUGGUCCUUGGGCUCACCAUCCACCA